AUGUUUCAAAUAGUUUUGAUUUUUCUUCUUGUCGGACAACAUAUUUAUGUUCAAGCAAAUCAAUCACUUGAUGAUUUCUUUCCAUUUGGUUUGGAAGUUGGUGAUACAAAAAUGAGACCAAAUGAUGAUGAAAGUCACGGACCGAUACCAUUGCCGCUCAUAUUUCCAUAUUUUGAUAAUAAUCAUCGUCAAAUUUAUCAAGCAAAUAACGGUCUCUUUUCGUUUUUAAACGCUAUUCCAACUUACAAUCCAAUCGAGUUUCCAAUUGGAAAUAACGAACGCUUAUUAACCCCGUUCUGGUCUGACAUUGACACACGCGGAAAUACGAAUAAUUUAUCUGAUAAUAGUGUUUAUCAUCAUGUUUAUCGUAGAAAUCAGAAUCAUUCCGAGAUAUUCGACAAAGCUGAACGAUUUGUUCGUGAAUAUUUUCCACGAGAGACAACUUUCGAUCCGUUGAUGAUUAUUACAGGAACAUGGUAUCGAGUUGGAUAUUACUCUGCAUAUGUAGAUCGUCUAAAUACAUUUCAAAUGGUUUUAGUUACUGAUGAAAUCCGUAGCUUUGCAUUUUUUCUUUACAAUGAUUUACAAUGGGCCAGUCAAUCUUCCGGUGGACCUUAUGCUCAAGCAGGUUUUAAUGCUGGUGAUGGUGUAAUAUCGAAAAUGCUGAAAUAUUCUCGUACAGAAAAUAUUACAUUGUUGGUAAAUGAAAGUAAUGUUAAUGUUCCCGGAUUAUUUGCAUUUCGUAUUGAUACGGCAAAUAUCGAAGCAGGUGGAUGUAAUGAACAUGAAAGUCUCAACCAUUUACCAAUUCGUGGUUCACAAAUAGGUGGAACAAGUGUUUAUUUUCAAGGACCGUGUUUCAAUUCGAAUACAACAGAAAUUCAAUGUCGUUUUGGUGAAUUUGGAGUUGUCGAUGGUCUGAUCUUGAGCGAAUUUCGUGCAAUUUGUAUUUCGCCACUUGCAGCACAUCCGGGUAAUGUUGAAUUAACUGUAUCAUUUGAUGGAGGCAAUACUUUCCUCUCUUCGGGAGUUUAUACGUAUAUGCCAAUGACAGACGAUGCGAUGAUUAACGAACAAAUUCUUGUUCGACAAGAUGGAGACAUUAAAACCGUGAUCGACUGGGAUGCGAAGAUCGAAGUGGAAUGGAUGUUUUCGGAAGCGUCAUUGGCAAAUUUGAGUUCGGAGAAUUUUAUUGUGAUUGAAUACGAAAUCUUAACUCCUAACGACGAAUCUACACGUCGUAAAGAGCAACGAGUGUUAAACUCCGAUGUUGAUAUUCAGAUCAAUGCUGUGAUUCCACUUGCUUCUAAUAUUCCAUUGCAAUCCGGUCGGCAAACAAUACAAAUCAAUUUAGCAGAGAUUUCACGAAGACAAUUCCGUAUGAUUUCGGUAACUGGUCCCACUAUUGGUAUCAUUCGUUUGGGAAUUUUCAUCAAUCGAUCUCAUCGUAUUGCUAGACAAAUGAAAUCUGCAUUGAUUUUAAUACAAAAGACAUCGGAAUAUAUUUGUGAUACUUGGAAGAAUAAUCAACCAGCUCCUUCAACAUGGAAUCAAAAUUUAUUACCUUGUCCCAAUCGACUUGAUCAAGCUCGCGUAGCCAGAGCUCAAUAUGUACCAGAUCCAAUGUGUCAACCAGAAGCAAAUCGACCAUUUUAUAUUCCUUCUUCUGUGAACUGUUGGUUUCAUCAAGGACGACCACAUUUUCAAGAAGAAAAUGCUGUUGCAUGUUUUCGAUCUGUUCGAUUCAAUGAACAUAAUGCUGGUGGACAAUGUUGUUAUAGUGAAGCUGGUCAUCUUAUCCGAAGAGGAUCUGGUGCGGGAAAUGAUGAUCGUUAUCAUAGUGAUAAAGCCUUUUGGAAACAUCAAUUUCACGAUGUCCUUCCGUACAUCGCUUGUUGCAAAUCUCUCUCUGAUCCCGAACGAUGCAAUCUAUAUUUUCAUUAUCGACCAUCACGACCGGGAAGUGACACAAUGGGUCAAUUCGGAGGUACCUGGGGUGAUCCUCACUUCUUGACGCUCGAUGGAACGGCAUAUACAUUUAACGGUUAUGGAGAAUACAUUUACUUAGCAAUUCCUGAACAACAAUCGACUGUAUUUGACAGCAGUAGUUCGUUUCGAUUUGAAUCCCAAAUUCGUACGACGCCUAUUGAAUCCGGUACGACGAACGCAACGGCUAUCAAAGCAUUCGCUGCAAAGAUUGGUUUACAAAAGAUUAGUAUCACUGUUUCUCGAAGAAAUCAACUUCUUGUUCAUCUUAAUGGCGAUGAACUUGCAUUCGAUAAUGAUUUAAAUACGACUACAUUACAACUAGAAGAAUUUUCUAUUACAAAAACUCGUCCAAACAAUCAGUUGACAAUUUUAUGUCAAUUAGGUGUUCAUAUUCAAAUCACACCUAUCUUUAUAACAACAAAAUCUGUCAUGGUGCUCAAUGUCGGUGCAGCGAUUAGUGGAGAAUUGAAAGGAAAUUGGACAUUUGGUUUAAUUGGUUCUUAUGAUGGAAAUCCUUCAAACGAUUUACGCGAUAGUUCAGGAAAUAUUGUCGGUACUACUGAUACACUCUCAACAGAACAAAUUCAUCAACUAUUUGGUAUGACGUGGGCAAUUGAUCCUGUUCGAUCACAUUUUUACUAUGAAUCAAGUGACAAUGCUUCGUUUUAUUCAUUUCAAAAUAAAAUCUACCGACCAACUUUCAAUGUCUCAAUAAAUAGUUCCAAUGACUCGAACGCUCGUGAUGCCUGUGGUAUUCUUAGUAAUGCAACAGAUUCAUCCUUAUGGUCUUUCGCUCAACGUACUUGUUACUAUGAUAUUGCUGUAACAGGUGAUAUCGCCUUUGGUCGUAGUUCUCGUCAAACAGCAGAACAACAAAUUGAACAACGUGAAGCGAUGCGCAAUUCGCCAAAAUUCAAUUCUAAUCUUUCUUUGACUCAAUCAGUUCGAGUUGGCGAACAAGUACAAAUUUCUUUUCAAGCGACAAGCGAAUUUAGUUUGACUAUUCACUAUAAACUCCUUCAUGCUCCGGAUGGUUCUUCUCUUGAUGGACUCACGGGGGAAUUUAAUUGGAAAGUUCCAGAUGAAACAGAAAGUUCCAAGAAAAUUCCUGUUGAAGUAAGUGCACAAGAUGCUACUUACAAUUUAACAUCAACUUAUGAAGUUUUGCUCGAAAUUCAACCGAAAAGCAAUGCUCUUGCACUCGCAGCUUCAAUUAUUUUACUUACUUUAACAUUUACUUCUAGUUUCGUUCUUCCGUAG